GACGACAGCCCCGUCUGGGAGGGCAGGGCGGCCCCGCGCGUGGAGCGAUGUCGCAGCGAGCCAAUGGGCGCACGGCGCGCUCCCCGGGGGCGGUGCCUGGGAAACGAGCGCUCGCCAAGAACAGCAGGUCGCUUGUGGGGCCACAGUUUAUUAACUCCUUGGUCAUCAUGGCGGCGAACCCGUCAGCGGCCGGGAGCGCGGACACGCACACGGACACGCACGUGGACGUGUUCCCCCCGGUGACGCUGUACUCCCUGCUCGCCUGCGCCGCCCAGUUCGCGCUGGGUUUCGCCCUCGCCCGCCGCUGGGGCCACGAGAGCUCCGCGGCCGACAGAUGGGUCCUCGUGUGGCUCUUCUACGACGCCAUCGUCCACGUGACGCUGGAGGGUCCCUUCGUCUACAUGUCCCUCGUCGGCACCGUGGCGACCUCGGAGAGCCUCGUAGCUGAGCUGUGGAAGGAGUACGGCAAGGCGGACCAGCGAUGGCUCCACUCUGACCCGACGGUGGUGUCUCUAGAGCUUCUCACGGUGCUGCUCGAUAGCUCUCUGGCCCUGGUGCUCGUCUACGCCAUCGUCAAGGACAGACGCUACAGGCACUUUGUGCAGAUCACACUGUGUGUGUGCGAGCUCUACGGUGGCUGGAUGACCUUCUGUCCGGAAUGGCUGACGGGCAGCCCCAACCUCAACACCAGCAACCGGCUCUACCUCUGGGUGUACUUGGUGUUCUUCAAUGGCCUAUGGGUGGUGGUCCCAGCUCUCCUACUGUGGCAGUCCUGGCUCGCCCUGCAGAGAGCGCAUCCCUCGCGGACGGCCGCGGUUCUCGACAAAGCGAAGUAGAGCGCGUUCGCUCACAAGCGGGAUUCGGAAAGGAAAAGGAUUAAAGUGGGGGAGAUGCCGUGACGGCGUAGGGCAAGUUUUAGCAGAAAGCCCCCUCAUGUUCUUUCUGUUGCACUAUAUACAAUAGAAACUAUGUGUCACACUCUGCGUCCCAAUCUGCAUUGGCUUAAAGCACAAAAACGCUUUUUAAAGAUGUAAGAGAUUAUUUUUGCCCUCUCCGAAGGGAUUAAAUCCACUUUUCUGCUACAUCACGUACUACUACUGCUACUGGGGCAGUAUUGCUUUGCGGUGCUGCUUCGUGAGCAGUGUUGCGAUAAACGGUCGAACCACGGAUUUUAACAAGCUUUCAGUUUAGACUGCUGGUGCAACAUAAUUGUAAAUAAUACAAUGAUGCAAAAACCUUCAUUUAAGUGUGUGUUCAUAAAUGUAAUACCCCACUGUUCACACAGCUCUCGCCAGUACGCAGUACUCAGAAUCGAGUAUGUACCAGGAAGUAACAGUACCGGAUGUCCAGAGAGGGUGAAGAAGCUGUAGAUGAUCCUCUGUCUCCUACAUCUACCAGUUUUGAGCCAUCAGUAAAGUGUCGCAUCUCCAUCAUCCUCAACCUUCAUGUAAUACCUCCGGCUCCAAGUUGAUGCGCAAUUUUUCUCUGCUCUUCGAGGGUCAACAGCAACAGGGGGCUACCUGCUCCAAUCCCCUCUGUGGACCCUGCUCUCCGG